AUCAUUGACUAUUGUUAUGAUAAUGAAUUGUUGAACAAAAUCUAAUUAAAAUGAUCACAGAUGAUGAUGAAAUGCUGCCUGGAUUUAGUCGUCUAUCACUUGGUGACGAUGGUCAUGUAUAUAAUUCUGAUUGUGAUGAUGAUGGUGAUGGUAAUGAUGGUAAUGACGGCUACGAUGACAAUGAUGAAAUAAUGAAUGUUCGAAUUCAAGAGACAAAUCAUCAUCAUCACCAACCUUAUAUCGAUAUUUCAAAUGAUCAUCAAUUUAAUAAUUUUCUAAUGGAUCAACAGCGCAAACAUCACAAUUUUUUUGUUGAUGAACAAUUUGAAAAUCAAUCCGAAAAUCGUCAUUUUAAAUGUCCAAUCUGUUUGAAAGAAAUGAGAAAAUUAUUCUGUCCAAAUUGUAUACGUAAUGGUGAUUUUACUCAUUCAACACAGAAUUUUCUUGAACGUUUUGCGGAUAAAAAAUUGAAAUUCAUCAAACUUAAAGAGCAACAAUUGCGUGAUUGUAAUGAUGUGCAGAAAUUUUUCGAAAAUAAUGUCACAAAAAGUUCAAUGACAAUCAAAAUCAAUGAAAUCGAACGAAACAUACGUACAAUACGUGAAAUUAUGAAUGAAAAACGUUCGAUUAUUAGUGAUAUGAAAAAAUUAUUAAACAAACAUGAACGUGAACGUUUGCUGUAUCAUAAGAAACAGAUUGAUGUGAAAAAUAAAAUGAAUCGAUGUAAAAAUAAUCAUGCUACAUUGAGCUAUAAUUUGAAUAAUUUUUAUCGGAAAAAAUAUUCAAUUCAAGAUGAACUAAACACGUUGAUACGAAAACGAUUGAAUCAAUUAACAAUGUAUGUGUUUCCUAUACAGGAAAACAUUUUCACUACUACCACCAUUAAUAAUCAACAACAUUUUGACGAUGAUGACGAUGACGAUGACGAUGAUUUAAAUAUUCAAUCAAUUAACUGUGAUAAAUCUGAAGCUUUGCCAUUACUUGAUUGUGCUAUCAACGAUGAUGAUGAUGAUGAUGAGAUUGAUGAUAACAAUGAUUCUGUUGUGACAAUCAAAUGUAAAAAUGAUUAUAAUAAGAAAAAGAAAUGUGAAUCAAAUCAAACUCGUAAACAGCAAAUAAUUCGUUAUAAAAUUGUUGAUUCAUGGAUUAAUUUGGAUGAAAAUUUUGAAGCUGCUACACAUAACAAUGCCAUAGAAUGUCUAGAUGUUGGUGAUAAUAGUUUUCGUGUUGAUCAUCGUCGUAUUAUGUCAGCAUUAUCAUAUCUAUGCUAUCUUACCAAUCUAUUUGCAUUGAUCAGUAGAAUUCAUUUGCCGAGAAAAAUUCUGUUCAGCGAAUUGACAUGUAAACGAAUGAAACGUGAUCAAUUUCAUCGACGUAUUGCACAAUUGAAUGCAAACAUUGUGUUUCUAUGCUGUUGGUAUCGUGUUGACAUUCGAAAUGAAUUACAGCCAAAACAUUCGAUUCGUAAUAUCAAACUUGCAUUAGAUGUGGCCAUUGAUGCACAGACAAAUUCUGAUUAUAAUCAUCUUGAAAUUCGUCACAAUUUGUUCCGUAUGAUUCACAAUGAAUUAUUCAUGUAUGAUAUGGUUAAAAUAACGAAAAAAUCAAAAACAUUCGAUACGUUUCCGACCACAAUCGAUACGAACGACAACGACGACGACAGCAACAAGACCACAACGGCGGUAGCUGAUGAACAGGAUUUUGAUUUUGUUGAAAACAAUAUACCGGAUUUAAAAUUGGAUGAUCCAGCCAACAAUGAAAAACAGCCAGCAACCGGCAUAUUGGCAGCACUUGUUUCAUCCAUCUACAAACGAACAACAACUAUUUGAUUCAACAAUUAAAACAACAACAAUAUCGAUCGAUGUUUUUAAUUUUGUAAAAUUCAUCAAUUUUUUUAUUUAUUGUGAUUGAAA